CUUCGAUUCCAUUCGGUCUUAUAUAUCCAGUUUGGAUCCCUAGCCCUCUCUCACCAAAAAUAUGGCUGCCAAUAUAAUAAACGUAUCUCCAUUAACAACCCUUAAUGACAAACCUCAGUUGCAUGAGGUGACUCGUCGUUCUGCCAAUUAUCAUCCAAGCAUUUGGGGAGACUUUUUCUUAUCAUACUCUUCUGAACAAAUGGACGGAGAUACAAUAGCACUGAAAGAAGAGCAUCAACAACUCAAGGAAAAGGUGAGAAAUAUGCUUGUGGAAGAUCCUCACAUUUCAUCAGAAAAAUUGGACUUGAUUAACAACAUUCAACGGUUAGGGGUGAAUUAUCACUUUAAGGAGGAGAUUGAAGCAAUUAUGCAACACAUAUUUGAGGUCUACGAUGAUCUCAACGACAAGGACAUAAAAGAGAAUGAUCUUUAUGCAGUUUCCAUUCGCUUUCGACUACUCCGACAAGAAGGGUAUGGCGUAUCUAGCGGUUGCUUUGCAAAAUUCUUGGAAAGCGAUGGCAAGUUGAAGGAAUCGUUAAUCAACAAUGCUGAUGCAAUUCUUAGUUUGUAUGAGGCGUCACAUCUUAGGGUGCACGGUGAGAAAAUAUUGGAUGAAAUGCUAAUAUUUACAACUUCUCACCUACAAACCAUGCAGCUUUGUGGUCCAAACCCAACCAGUAGAUCACUACUGCUUAGUGAAGCACUAAAACAGCCAAUUUGCAAAAGGUUGGCAAGGAUAGAUGCAAGAAUAUUCCUAUCCAUUUACCAACUUGAUGAAUCUCAUGAUACUACCUUGUUGAAGUUUGCAAAGUUGGACUUCAACCUCUUACAAAAACAACAUCAAAAGGAGCUAGGCAGUCUUACAAG